AUGCCUGGAGGACCUCGGAACACACGAGCAAAGCCAUCGUCCGAGUCUCAAGAGGACAGACCCAAGCCUUCUCGCGGCUCAUCAAAGACCACCACUUCGGACAAGAAGAACGGCACAAAGACAGCGGACACAGCGCGGAGCACCGCUCCCCUGGCGACAUCAAGGCUGAAUAAACAGUUUCAGGGGAAGCUGCACUCCAAUAAAGCUGAAAUUGUCGAGACCUUAAUGGCUGUGUUCGAAGCAUGUCUUGACCAGCAACUCGAGUCGUACGAAGGCCCAUGCGAUGGCGAAGGCUGCUCGGGCCAUUCAUCGCAUGGUUCUUCGCACCGAUCGUGUGGCAAGUCGACGACUGAUACCAGCAAGCAGACUCGUGGCAAGAAGAGACAGCUCCAGCGAGACGACAACAGUGGCGGGGAGGACGACAAUGCGGAGGAGGGGGGAAGACGAACCAGCAAGAACAAGCGCAUAAAGGCCGAACCGAAGAAACAGCGCCUCUUGGCCUGCCCGUACAGGAAAUAUGCACCUGAUCGAUACAAGCAGGAGCAUGUGUGCUGUGGUCCAGGGUUCUCCAAGUUCCACAGGCUCAAAGAGCACGUGCAGAGAAAGCACAGCCUCCCGCUGUUCCACUGUAGACGCUGCUAUGAAGCGUUCAAAAGCGAAGCCGAGCUCGAUGCCCAUUCGCGUGCCGCCACGGCUUGCACCGUCCGUCAGCUGUCGCCCCAGCCACGGAAGCUGGAGGAUGGCUUCGAUGAAGAGCAGCUGAAGCUGAUCAAGAAGAGGUCCACGCGAAACUCGCCCGACCACGAGAAAUGGGUCAGCCUGUACUGUGUGCUGUUCAACGUAUCGGUUCAGGACGUCCCGUCGCCCUACCUGGACGACGACUCCCCCGACUGGAGGAACGGUCACACCGGACGCUCGAAGCAUGCCCCCUAUCUUGACUACGUGCGCCAGGAGGUGACACCCCGUGUGCGAGUGGUGAUGGAGGAUGCCGCGGGCCGAAUUGUCCAAGACGCUAUGCCCAACGCCUGGAAACAGACCAUGGCACAAUUCCAGCCCAUCUUGCGAUCCGUGCAACGCAUGUGGGAAAGCAAUCAGUCCCAGCAUGCCGUGGACCCCUUGACCGGUCUCGAGUACGUGCACGGCGUGUCUGGCGCUGUCCCAGAAUCGUUCGCAUUCAGCCCCUGGCAGGAUCUCAGCCUGAUCGAUUUCACGUCCCAAGACGGAUUUCCCUUUGAGGAUCUUGACGCGCCGGUGCAGCCACAGUACAGCGAAGCCCUGUCCGACUCUUCGUACCCGACGGACGCUUCUGGGGCCACUGGCAGCUCCUCCGCUACCUCCAACACGUCGCUGGAAGAUCAAUACCUCUUGCAACAAAUUGGCAAGGCUGGCCACGCGACCUAUGAUUACACACAGACAAAUCCGCAAGGGACCAGGUACGGACUGCAGGGCGAUGUGGCAGGAUAUAAGUAUUAA